UUCCAGAGUUUUAUUGCUAAACCUUGGAAUAAUAACAAAAUUUUACAAAAAAUAUCAGAGUUAAAAAAUGAAAGAGUUUUAUCACAAAUUGAACAAAGUGAUGAGGAGGAAGAAGGCCCUGAUGAAAGAGAACAAGCUAUUACUGAUACUAUUAUGAAUUUUGAGAGAAGAACUGAAAAGGAACGAAAUUUUUUUUUCCAAGACUAUAAUAGAAAUAAAACUUCUGAAAAUUGCAAAAAGAUUUUUACAUAUAUGAAUCGUAGAGGAGCAGAUCUCAUUAAUGUGCUACUAAAUGAAAACAAUAUAACAACUACACGUAUUGAUACACAUACUUCUAGCUGGAAUUACCAGCAAAGAGAGUUUAAGAAGAAUAUUAAUGAAACAGAAUGUAAUGUAAAUGAAUUAAAUUAUUGUAUAGCAAAUUACAAUAAUAAUUGUACUGCAAUUUAUAAUAUCAGUAGUAUUUCAAGAAUGCAAGAGCUGACAGGACUUAAUAGUUCACAAUAUAUUUCUAAAAGAUAUAAUGAAUUUUUAAAGGAUACUACUGAUGUAUCUAAUUACUACUACCUAGAAUAUGUUGGUAACCAAACUUCUGAAUUAUGUAAAGAGUGGAGUGAUUUUAUUUAUGAUAAGGGGAAGAAUUUUAUUUAUAUGUUAGCACAAGAAUUCAAUUUGAUAGAAACAGAACGUACAAAUAAAAUUCUAGAAUGGAAACAAUUUAAAGAAACAUUAAAGAAUAACACAUUAACAAAAACAAAUAAUACAUGUAAUAUGAGAAGUUUUAAUCUUAAUGACACUGAAUAUGAAUUUAUAACAUCAUCUAUUACAACUACAAUUAUACCUACAACUAUAACCACACCUAAACUUUCACCUACACCUACAUCUACAAAUGUAUCUAUAACUGAAUCUACAACUACACAAACCAUAAUAUCUAUGCCUACAACUACACCUGUAUCUACCUCUGCGUCUAUACCUACAUCUACAAAUGCACCUACAACUGAAUCUACAACUACACAAGCAACUUCAUAUAUGCCUUCAACUACACCUGCAUCUACAUCACCUGCAACUACAACUAAAACUGCGACACCUACAAAUAUACAAGCAAAUACAUCUACACCUUCAACUACAUCUGCAAUUACCAAUAUGCCUAUAACUACAACCACAUUUAAACCUCCAACUACACCUACACCUACAAAUGCAUCUAUAACUGGAUCCACAAUUACACAAACCACUAUAUCUACGCCUUCAACUACAUCUGUAUCUACAUUUGCGUCUACACCUACAUCUACAAAUGCACCUACAACUGAAUCUACAACUACACAAGCCACUAUAUCUACGCCUUCAACUACACCUGUAUCUACCAAUAAGCUUACAACUACAACCACAUCUAAACCUCCACCUACACCUGCAUCACCUGCAUCUACAUCACCUGCAUCUACACCACCUGCAACUACACCUAAAACUACUCUUGCAUCUAAAACUAUACGAGCCACUACAUCUGCAACUAUGCAACCCACUACAUCCACACCUUUAACUACGCCUGAAUCUACAACUACACAAGCAACUAUAUCUAAUAAUGCAUCUACAACUGCACCCACAUCUAUACCUUCAACUAUACAAGCGACUGCAUCUAUAUCUGCAAAAGUGCCCUCAAAUACAUUCACAAGUGUACCUAGAGUUAAUACAUCAUUACCCCCCUCUACCACUGCACCUAAAACUACACCUACAUCUACAAAUUCACCUACAAUCACAACUACAUUUACACCUUCAACUGCAUUAAGUACUACUUUUCAUAAUAAAAGUUAUGGGAAUAUAUCUUUAGGUACUCCUAUAAAAAGUUCAUCUACAGCAACUAAAUCUAUAAUUAUUCCUCUUUCAGUUACCUUGGGAUCAUUUUUGGGAAUUCUUCUUCUUUUUAUAUUUGUGUAUAGAUUCACUCCCAUUGGCUCUUGGCUUGGUAAUCGUAGAUCAAAGAAAAAAAAAACACAGAGAAAAAAGAAGCAAGUACAGAUAGAUAAUGAAUCAAUAUUUGUAGGAUUUUCCGAUAAAGAAUCAGAGAUCAAUAUGAAAAACUUUCCAAUAUGUAAUGAGAAAAACAGU